AUCAUGAGUAGUGAAUUCCUGGCGGAGCUGCGUUGGGAGGAUGGGUUCGCUAUCCCGGUGGCGAACGAGGAGAACAAGACACUGGAAGAGCAGUUAUCAAAGCUGCAAGAUGAAAGGUCAAGCAUGCAAGAUCAGCUACGUGACUAUGAAGAUCGAAUUAAUGCUAUGACUUCUCACUUCAAAAAUGUUAAGCAAGAGUUCUUGUUUACCCAGUCUCUUUGCAAAGCCAGGGAUCAUGAGAUUGAAAGUGAAGAACAUUUUAAGAUGAUUGCUGAAAGAGAGCUGGGACGAGUGAAGGAUGAAAUUCAACGACUAGAAAAUGAGAUAACUUCAAUACGGGAAAAAAAAAAUGAUAAGGAAAAUUCCAUAUUUAAAAUUACUCAAAAAUUGGAUGGUUUGAAAUGUCAAAUGAACUGGGACCAGCAAGCAUUGGAGGCGUGGCUGGAAGAAUCAGCUCAUAAAGAUAGUGAUGCUCUCACUCUUCAGAAGUACGCUCAGCAAGAUGAUAAUAAAAUUAGGGCCCUGACCCUGCAAUUAGAAAGAUUGACUGUGGAAUGUAAUCAGAGAAGAAAGGUACUUGACAAUGAAUUUGCAGAGACUCUAAGUGUACAGUUAGAAUUGGAUAAAGCAGCCCAAGAUUUUCGACAGAUUCAUAAUGAAAGGCAAAAACUCAUUCUACAGUGGGAGAGCACAAUAGAACAGAUGCAGAAGAGAGAUAAAGACAUCGAUAACUGUGCCGUGGCAUUAGCAAGGAUAAAGCAGGAAAUAAGAGAGAAAGAAAAUCUGGUUAAGGAAAAAAUCAAGUUUUUGGAAAGUGAGAUUGGGAAUAACACAGAGUAUGAAAAAAAAAUUUCUGCUGCUGAUCGUAAAGUUUUAAAAUGUAGAAUGGAAUAUCACCGUCAUGAAGCUAAUAGAAUUCAGCUGAAGGAUGAGCUGGAUUCUUUAAAAGCCACUGUGAAUAGAAGUUCCAGUGAUUUAGAGGCUCUGAGGAAAAAUAUUUCCAAAAUAAAGAUGGACAUUAAUGAAGAAACAGCAAGGUUAUGCAAAAUUAAAAAUCAUAAUCAGAUUGUAAGAAAAAAAUUAAAGCAGAUAACUGAGAAAACUAUGUCUGUAGAGGAGAAAGCUACCAACUUGGAAGACAUGCUGAGGGAGGAAGAAAGAGGUGUGAAGGAAGUAGAAGUUCAGUUGAACAUAGUUAAAGAUGUGUUAUUUAAGAAAGUUCAGGAAUUACAGACUGAAACAAUGAAAGAAAAAGCUCUUGUAUCUGAAAUUGAAGGAACCCGUUCUUCUCUAAAGCACCUCAACCAUCAGUUACAUAAACUGGACUUUGAAACUUUGCAGCAGCAAGAAAUUAUGUACACUCAGGAUUUUUACAUUCAACAAGUAGAACGCCGAAUGUCGCGCUUAAAGGGAGAAAUUAAUUCAGAAGAAAAACAAGCCCUUGAAGCAAAAACUGUUGAACUUCAGAAGACAUUGGAAGAGAAGAAAUCUGCACUUUGCCUUUUGGAAACACAGAUCAAGAAGCUUCAUAAUGAUCUUUACUUUACCAAGAAGUCGAAUAGUAAAUAUCGUGAUGAAAAACAGUCCCUCAUGACCAAAAUAAAUGAACUAACCCUUUUCAAUGACAGAUCAGAGAAAGAACUUACUAAAGCCAAAGCUUUCAAACAGGAUUUGAUGAUUGAAGACAAUCUUUUAAAACUUGAGGUUAAACGUACUCGAGAACUGCUUCACAGUAAGGCAGAAGAAGUUCUUUCUCUGGAAAAAAGAAAACAACAAUUACACACAGCUAUGGAAGAACGGACCGAAGAAAUUAAGGUUCACAAAACAAUGCUUGCAUCACAAAUAAGAUAUGUUGAUCAAGAACGGCAAAAUAUAAGUGCUGAGUUUCAUGAGCGGCUAAGUAAAAUUGAUAAGCUGAAGAAUAGAUAUGAAAUUCUUACUGUUGUAAUGCUGCCUCCUGAAGGAGAAGAGGAGAAAACUCAGGCCUACUAUGUAAUAAAGGCUGCUCAAGAAAAAGAAGAACUCCAAAGGGAAGGUGACAGUUUGGAUGCUAAGAUCAACAAAGCUGAGAAAGAAAUCUAUGCUCUAGGAAACACCCUGCAAGUGCUCAACAGCUGCAACAACAAUUACAAACAAUCUUUUCAGAAAGUGACUCCAUCUAGUGCUGAGUAUGAGGUAAAAAUUCAACUAGAAGAACAAAAAAGAGCUGUUGAUGAAAAAUACAGAUACAAACAAAGACAAAUCAGAGAACUACAGGAAGAUAUCCAGAGCAUGAAAAAUACUUUAACAGUUAUAGAACACUUAACAAAUAAUGUCAAAGAAAAAGUAACAGAGAAGCAAGCUUAUGUACUUCAAUUAAAUAGAGAAACUGAGGAACAGAAGCCAAAAUUAGAAAGAGUAACUAAACAGUGUGCAAAACUCAUCAAGGAAGUCCGUCUUUUGAAAGAUACAAAAGAUGAAACACUAGAAGAACAAGAUAUCAAACUUCGUGAAGUGAAACAGCUUCACAAGAUCAUUGAUGAAAUGUUAAUUGAUAUCACACAAGAAAAUGCUGACCUCGGUGUUAUCCUUCAAACAUACUUUCAACAGAGUGGUUUAGAACUACCUACAAGUAGUACUAAAGGUAGUCGUCACAGUUCUAGAUCUCCUUCCCAGACUUCACUGUUAUCAGUAAGGUCAUCUAAGAGUACAAGCACUUCUGCUUCUCAGACUUCGAUCAAAGUUUUAGAGCUGAACUUCCCAGCCUCCCCGCUAACUGGCAGCACUUCCAGACCAACCAGUGCCAGCAGUGCCUCCAGUGCUGGUAAAAGCAGGAAGACCAACAAAUGAACAUUUUAAAUCUCUCCUGAGCAAGCUGUAAACACAAAACCAAAGGGAUCCUAAGUUUAAAAUAGUGUACCACACCCUAUGCUUUUGGGUGCCUUAUACUGAUAGAGAGGCCUACUGAGAUAAGUGUUAGAAAUACAAAUAACCAGAGAAAAGUUUUAUCCAGUGAAAAAUGUAAGAACUUCAUGCUAGCCAUGAAACUACUCACUUCUAGUGUAAGAGAAUCUUUUAGGAAGAAAUCUCUAAAGAUCUACUGUACUAUAUAGUUUAUAACACUUUAUUAAAAUUCUUUUAGCCUAGAUGAUCCUGAAAUUAGGUUUUAUUUAUUAAAAGAAACAUUUCUUAGACUUUGGGAGAAGAAACCUGUUAGUUACUUCUUUUAGCAUUACCUCUCCCCCUCCCUCCACCAAGAAAACAGCUGACAGGAAAGAGAACCACUAUAUGUCAACAACAGUGGAGCUUAAAUUUCUAGAAAGCAGGCCAUUCUGAUCUUGAAAUAAGUCAAACAUAGUGAAGAUUCUGCUCUCAAGAUACAACCAAGAAUAUGUUUUCAAGAUUUCCUUGAUUUAAUAAACAAUUUAAAGAAAGUCAGGCAUAAUUAGAUUUGCAGUAAGAAUUCUGUAUAUUUCCAGUAAAGGCAGACUACCAGAUUAAGAAUUAGUUAUUUCUGUCAAUUUUUUAUCAUAACAUGUGCCCAACACUUUGAACUCUGGAAUAGAGGGUGAAGUAUGACUUAUGUUAUA